AUGUUCCAUACUCGUCCUCAUUUACCCACUUACCCUUAAAAUCGUGGUAUUGAAUAUAACAUAUUGAAGCUCAUAAUAAAGGAGGUAGUGAAACUAGAAAGGCUAUAGAUCAUUAUAGUUAUGCAAUAAAUGAUGAAAUAGGAAGAGGCUUUAGUAGUAGGGUUUAUAAAGGAAGAGAUGAAAAUACACUUGAACCAGUAGCAGUAAAAGUAAAAUAUAUAGAAAUAUAAAGGUUAUUGAUAUGAAAAUGGUUAAAUAAUCAAUUCAUGCAUAGCUAUUAAAAAAUGAAAUAAAUGCUUUAAAGGCAUUUAAUAGUAAAAAUAUAAUGAAGUUAUUUGAUGUGUUUUAAACAUAGAAUAAUACUUAUAUCAUAACAGAGUUUUGUGAUUCGGUAAUACUAAAUAUAAUAUAUAUUCAGGGAGAUCUUAACAAUUACAUAAAAAAGAAGGGAAGGAUAGAUGAAAGUGAAGCAAUUCGAAUAUUGCAAUCAGUAGUGAGUGCUGUCAAUGAAAUGAAUUAGAAGGGAUAUAUUCAUAGAGACAUAAAACCAGCAAAUAUUCUUAUUGAUAAGAAUCUUCCAAAAUUAGCAGACUUUGGAUUUGCUGUGCCAGCUCAUGAAGCUAGAUUGUAAGGGAAGAAUUUCAAUGUAGGGACUCCACUUUAUAUGUCUCCUUAAGCAUUGAGAUAAUAAGGACAUACCGAAAAAGGAGAUGUAUGGGCUAUUGGUGUUGUAUUCUUUGAAAUGUUGUAUGGUAAUUUAUUUAAGUUAAUUCCUAGGCAGAACACCAUAUAAUGCCUCAUCAGAAGCUGCUCUAAUAUCAAAUAUUAUGCAUUAGUAAUUAAUGAUUCCAUCUUCUCCUACUGUUACAGAUAAAGCUAAAGAUUUUAUUAGAAAAUGUUUAUCUGUUGAUGAAAAUAAAAGAUUAAGAGUUAAAGAAAUGGUUCAUCAUGAAAUCAUAGAAUAAAGAGCUUUAACUCCUGUUGAAAGAGCUCCUCCUAGAAAACCUUUUGAAGAAAUUUCUANUAUUAGAAUCAGGUCAAUCUUCAGAGAAAAAGAAAUGGUCCAUUUAAUUAACUAUAAAAAAAUCUAAAUAAGAAAGUAUGGAAAAGGAAAAUAUUAAUAAAAAAAUUUAGUUUUCUUGAUAUAUUAUAAUUAUAAAGUAAAUAGUAUGCUAAACAAAUAUCUUAAGUAAUAUAGUUAAUACUAUAAAAAUAGUUUAAUGUGUAUGAUAUUUACUUAAGAUUAGGAUAAACUUUUUAAACUUCCUGA